GCAGCUCUUGUUCUCCGAGACUUGUGCUUGACUCGUUCGCUGAUCGUACAAGCCCCUUCAUGCAACCUCCCGAACCGUUAGGAUCGGUGGAUGUGUUCCGUACAGCAGUGUACCUAUGUACAGCAGCAUUCGCAUGCGGUGCAUCCGAUGAAAAAGGAGAAGUACGGAGUAGAAGGUGCAGAAGAAGAGUGCGCAACAGCAUUCACCUGUCAAAUGUGUAGAUCAAUCUCAUCGUCGGCGGGUGCUACACGACGUACGUUAGGAUUGAACUCACCAUUCACUAGGGACGAUACACAGUAUGUACUGUACAUGCAUUCCCCUCGUAUUAUACCGUACAUGGCACAAGAAUCGUUAGCUUCGGAUUACAUCGAAAGCGCAAGCCUCAUCCGUCGUAAAAGCGGCGUGAACUCGCCAACACCCAUUUCCAUCACCAUCACCAUCACUACCAUCAUCAUCAGCAUCACCUCCCACCAGUCACAUUCGUUCGUUGCCGCAUCACCAUUGGGCAUUCCACGCCUCAAGCACAACGACCCCCUAACCUCUGAGUCCCGUCUCUCGGGCUCCUACACCUACAAAAGCGUCAUUCCGCCCCCUUCAGUACAAGCCCGUCCGAGAAUAUGUAACCCGCAUACAUCUCGCUAGCCAUUACUUGCCUGCCUGCUGGCUUGCUCGAGCUUGUGUCCGUACGCCGUCUGCCGCGGCCGUGCAAAAGAGGAAGAAGAAAAAUAAUGGCACCAAUGGCGAGCGAGCAGCACCAUCCACAUGCGCCCACCGCUCUCAUUGUAGUAGUUACCUGAACUCCUGGCAGCUUCAAGUCCCGAGGACCUCAUGGUAGUA